AUGGAUGUGUGUGGCUGGAAAGAAAUGGAGGUUGCUCUGGUCAAUUUUGACAACUCCGAUGAAAUCCAGGAAGAGCCAGGCUAUGCCACAGACUUUGACCCAACCAGCCCAAAAGGCCGGCCUGGGAGCAGCCCCUUCUCCAACUGGAAGAUCCUCAUUGGUGACAGCAGCAGCCACGAAACGGCCUUCUCCAAGCUCGCAGGAGAUUAUGUGGACUCCCCAGGGCCGGAGCCAGCAGUCUUGAAUGAAGGAAACCAGCGGGUGAUCAUCAACAUUGCUGGGCUGAGGUUCGAGACCCAACUCAGAACUCUCAAUCAGUUCCCAGAGACCCUUCUGGGAGACCGGGAGAAAAGGAUGCAGUUCUUCGACUCCAUGAGAAAUGAGUAUUUCUUUGACAGGAACCGGCCCAGUUUUGAUGGAAUCCUGUAUUAUUACCAAUCGGGCGGGAAAAUCCGGCGCCCAGCCAACGUCCCAAUCGACGUCUUUGCUGAUGAAAUCUCCUUCUAUGAGCUGGGAAACGAGGCCAUGGACCAGUUCCGGGAAGAUGAGGGCUUCAUCAAGGAUCCCGAGACACUGCUCCCCACCAAUGACUUCCACCGGCAGUUCUGGCUCCUCUUCGAGUACCCUGAGAGCUCUAGCGCCGCCCGGGGUGUGGCCGUCGUCUCUGUGUUGGUCGUGGUCAUCUCCAUCACCAUCUUCUGCCUGGAAACGCUACCGGAGUUCCGGGAGGAGAGGGAACUAAAGAUGGUGAGAGACCCCAGCCUCAACGUGAGCAAGGCGGCCCUCUCCCACACCAUGUUCACUGACCCCUUCUUCAUGGUAGAGUCUACCUGCAUCAUGUGGUUCACCUUUGAACUGGUGCUCCGCUUCGUGGUCUGCCCCAGCAAGACCGACUUCUUCAGGAACAUCAUGAACAUCAUCGACAUCAUCUCCAUCAUCCCCUACUUUGCGGCCCUCAUCACGGAGCUGGUCCAGGAGACAGAGCCCAGCACCCAGCAGAACAUGUCCCUGGCCAUCCUGAGGAUCAUCCGGCUGGUGCGCGUCUUCCGCAUCUUCAAGCUCUCCCGGCACUCCAAGGGACUGCAGAUCCUGGGCCAGACGCUGAAGGCUUCCAUGCGGGAGCUGGGCUUGCUCAUCUUCUUCCUCUUCAUUGGGGUCAUCCUCUUCUCCAGCGCCGUCUACUUUGCCGAGGUGGAUGAGCCAGAGUCCCACUUCUCUAGCAUUCCUGAUGGCUUCUGGUGGGCAGUGGUCACCAUGACAACUGUGGGCUAUGGUGACAUGUGCCCGACCACCCCCGGGGGAAAGAUUGUGGGCACUCUGUGCGCCAUCGCGGGGGUCCUCACCAUUGCCCUCCCUGUGCCCGUCAUUGUCUCCAACUUUAACUACUUCUACCAUCGGGAGACUGAGAAUGAGGAGAAGCAAAACAUCCCAGGUGAGAUCGACAAAAUCCUCAACAGUGUGGGCUCAAGAAUGGGCAGUACAGACUCUCUUAGCAAGACCAAUGGUGGCUGCUCCACGGAGAGGUCCAGGAAGUGA